AUGGCAAAAAGGAAGCAGAAUAGCUCCAUGACUAACAGUGAAAGUACUAACAGCAACAGCAACAGUAGUAACGGAUAUAUGAAGAUGAAGAGGACAAGGAAGAGCGUGCCGAGGGAGUCUCCCUUGCAGAGAAGCUCAGUAUAUCGUGGAGUCACAAGGCACCGCUGGACAGGAAGGUAUGAAGCUCAUCUCUGGGACAAGAACAGCUGGAAUGAAUCUCAGAACAAGAAAGGAAAGCAAGGUGCAAUAUAUACAGGAGCUUACCAUGAUGAGGAUGCUGCAGCUCGUGCUUAUGACCUGGCUGCAUUGAAAUACUGGGGCCAAGAAACCAUUCUGAACUUUCCUUUAUCAGCAUAUCAGGAAGAGAUUAGAGAAAUGCAAGGCCAGUCCAAGGAAGAAUAUAUUGGGUCUUUGAGAAGAAAGAGUAGUGGAUUCUCCAGAGGUGUAUCAAAGUACAGAGGAGUAGCAAGGCAUCAUCAUAAUGGAAGAUGGGAAGCAAGAAUUGGUCGUGUACUUGGCAACAAAUAUUUGUAUCUCGGAACAUACGCUACACAAGAGGAGGCUGCAACUGCAUAUGACAUAGCAGCAAUUGAAUAUCGUGGUCUUAACGCAGUCACCAACUUUGAUCUUAGCCAUUACAUCAAGUGGCUUCGUCCGAACUCUGAAAGCAGCAAAGUCGCCGCCGCCGCCACCACCACCACCCCAACCCUGCAACUCAUGAACCAAUCAUCGCCGGUCAGAUCAAGCCAAGAUGCCCAGCUAACCCUUUAUCAUCAACCAUCGCCAUUACCAUCUUUCCCACAACAAAUCUAUGGCCGCAUUCAAUCUUUCCACCAUAUAGAAUCAGGAGCACUUACCAAUACUACUACUGCAGCUGCAGCUGCAGCUGCUACUAAUGCUAAUGCUGCUGCUACUACCACAAACACAUCUGCUCUUGGAUUACUGCUUCAAUCAUCCAAGUUUAAGGAGAUGUUGGAGAGGACGACGGUCAUGUUCGACAUGUCGUCGGCGUCGCCUGAGCUCUCCGGCAAGCCGUCGCCGCGAUGUAGCUUUCCAGAUGACAUACAGACAUACUUUGAGUGCCAUGAUAAUGGAGGCUUUGUAGAGGGAGAUGGUACCUUGUUUGGGGAACUAAAUGCCUUUGGGCUAGCCUCCUGCUUUCCUAUGAGGGCUGAUAUAUGA